AUGGUUGUCACGGAGAGUGGACCUAUGUUUUUAAAGGCCAUCGAUUGUUCAAAUGAGAUCAAAGAUAAGGAUUUCAUUGCCAAACAUAUGAGGGAGGUAAUUAUGGAGGUUGGACACUCAAAUGUUGUACAAAUAGUGACGGAUAAUGCAGUCGUUUGUAAAGCAGUAGGUUUAAUAAUUGAGGCUGAGUUACCUUCCAUCUAUUGGACUCCGUGUGUUGUCCAUACAUUAAAUCUUGCUUUGAAGAACAUAUGUGCAGUCAAGAAUACAGAAAAAAAUAAUGUUGUUUAUGAAGAAUGUUCUUGGAUCACCCAAAUUGCGGAUGAUGCAAUGUUUGUGAAAAACUUUGUCAUGAGUCACUCUAUGAGACUAUCAAUUUUCAAUUCAUUGAAAUUGCUAUCCAUUGCUCUAACAAGAUUUGCCUCCACUAUUGUAAUGCUCAAGAUAUUCAAGCAAUUGAAGAAAAGACUACAAGAGAUGGUCAUUAGUGACCAAUGGUCUUCUUAUAAGGAAGAUGAUGUUGCAAAGGCUAAAUUUGUGAAAGAUACUUUUUUGGAUGAUAAAUGGUGGGAUAAGGUUGAUUAUAUUCUUUCUUUCACUAGCCCUAUCUAUGAUGUCCUUAGAAGAACUGAUACGGAAGCUUCAUCUCUCCAUCUAGUAUAUGAGAUGUGGGAUUCAAUGAUUGAAAAGGUGAAGAAUGCCAUAUAUCAAUAUGAGAGAAAGGAGGAGAGUGAAGGAUCAACCUUUUAUGAGGUAGUGCACUCUAUAUUAAUUGACUGUUGGACUAAGAGUAGCACUCCUCUCCAUUGUUUAGCUCAUUCCUUAAAUCCUAGAUAUUAUAGUCAUGAAUGGCUAAGUGAAGAUUCUAAUCGAGUUCCUCCACAUCAAGACAUGGAACUCACUCAUGAAAGAUUAAAAUACUUCAAGAGAUUCUUCCUUGAUGUGGAUGUAAGGAGGAAAGUGAAUAUUGAGUUUGCCAACUUCUUGGAUGGAAGAGAAGGUUUUGAUGAUCUUGAUUCUUUAAAUGAUAGAGGUCAAAUGGAUUCAAAAGCUUGGUGGCUAGUUCAUGGCAUUAAUGCUCCAAUACUUCAAAAGGUUGCCCUUAAGCUACUUGUGCAACCUUGUUCAUCUUCAUGUUGUGAAAGGAAUUGGAGUACAUAUUCAUUUAUCCAUUAUUUAAAGAGAAACAAGAUGGCACCACAUAGAGCUGAAGAUUUAGUAUUUGUUCAUAGCAACCUACAACUUCUCUCAAGGAAUACUCCACAAUAUCAUCAAGAGGAAACUAAAAUGUGGGAUGUAGCUGGAAAUGAUUUUGGAUCACUUGAUGAUUGUGGUAUUCUUGAAAUUGCUAGGUUGUCUUUAGAUGAACCAGAGUUAGAGAGUGUCUUUUUCAAUAAUGAUUGCUAG